AUGCAGAGAGCUGGAGGCGGAGGCGCCCCCGGGGGCAGCGGUGGGGGCAGUGGGGGGGGCCCGGGCACUGCUUUCUCCAUCGACUCCCUCAUCGGGCCGCCACCGCCUCGCUCUGGCCACUUGCUCUACACCGGCUACCCCAUGUUCAUGCCCUACCGGCCUCUCGUACUGCCGCAGGCACUGGCCCCCGCGCCACUGCCUGCCGGCCUCCCGCCCCUCGCCCCGCUAGCCUCCUUUGCCGGCCGCCUUACCAACACCUUCUGUGCGGGGCUGGGCCAGGCCGUGCCCUCGAUGGUAGCACUGACCACCGCACUGCCCAGUUUCGCGGAGCCGCCCGACGCCUUCUAUGGGCCCCCGGAGCUCGCUGCUGCCGCUGCCGCCGCCCGCAACAACCCUGAGCCGGGCGGCCGACGCCCGGAGGGCGCGCUGGAAGCCGAGGAGCUGCUGCCUGCUCGGGAGAAAGUGGCAGAGCCCCCUCCGCCCCCGCCUUCGCACUUCUCAGAGACUUUCCCAAGUCUGCCGGCAGAGGGGAAAGUGUACAGCUCAGAUGAGGAGAAGCUGGAGGCACCAGCAGGAGACCCCGCAGGCAGCGAACAGGAGGAGGAGGGCUCAGGCGGUGACAGCGAGGACGACGGUUUCUUGGACAGUUCAGCAGGGGGCCCUGGGGCUCUCCUGGGACCUAAACCGAAGCUUAAGGGAAGCCUGGGGACUGGAGCUGAGGAGGGGGCGCCAGCGGCAGCAGGAGUCACAGCUCCUGGGGGCAAAAGCCGAAGGCGACGCACAGCCUUUACCAGCGAGCAGCUUUUGGAAUUGGAGAAGGAGUUUCAUUGCAAGAAAUACCUGAGCUUGACAGAGCGCUCCCAGAUCGCCCAUGCUCUCAAGCUCAGUGAGGUGCAGGUCAAGAUCUGGUUUCAGAACCGGCGGGCCAAGUGGAAGCGCAUCAAAGCUGGCAACGUGAGCAGCCGCUCUGGGGAGCCUGUAAGAAACCCGAAGAUCGUUGUGCCCAUACCUGUGCACGUCAACAGGUUUGCCGUGAGGAGCCAGCACCAACAAAUGGAACAGGGCGCCCGGCCCUGAAGGGGCUUCCGAGGACCUUGGAAGGCGAAGGAUCCGUUCCUGAGCCUGUUGGGAGACUGCGUUAGGGUUCUGUGGGCCAGAGGGGUUGUGAUCCUGCCCAGGAGGGGCUCGGGCGGGGGCAGCUACCUCAGUGUAGGUGCUGUACUGGCAACCUGAGACGGAGCCUCUGCCAGAGAUCCUCAGGCCUGGGGCCUCCAGGGUUGGAGGGCUUGGUUCUCACUGCUAAGGAGCUGUUGGGACUGAUGGGGUCUCUGGGGGAGGGGUGGGUUCUAAAAUGGCCUGGGGCCUGCAACGUUCCUGGCUAAUGACCUGAAAUCACUAAUGACAGGGGUGGGAGGAAUCCGAGUGAGGCCUAGCCAAGCUGAUCAAGCUCCUUAUUUAUUUUGUGUAAAGUUUGUACAUAUGGAGCUAUCUGCCUGUCUGUCUGCACCCUUCAGAGGGAUUGGAGGAAGUUCUGCGUUUCCUCCAUCUUCAGCCAGAGUUCAGCCCUACCUUACUGCCUUGGGGUGGGUACCAUCUUGCCUGCCUAUAGUGCAAGGACAUGCAAAGAACCAGAAUAGGACUGUCACUAGCCUCCUAAGCAACGUCAGCACUCUGUCCCUUCCCAUGUGACCUACCUCCACCUCUGUCCUUUCCCACUCCGGGCUCUGUCCACUGCUCGCCCCUCUAGACUUCACGCUCCUAAUGUGGCACUUCUUUUCUCUUUACCCAAUAAACAGGUAAGCUUCCUCAUCUCUGUGCCCUCUUUGGACGAGUUGGCAGAUAGGCUAGAGGAUUUGCUCCCUUUUGUAGUUUGAGGGGAAAUGAAGUACUUGACCCUGGUUCAGCUGGGGUAUAUCUAGGCCCUGUGUAACUAGACACGUUACCAGUCCUGUCACUGAUUAGAACAGGCUGGGGGCUCACCCCUCUCAUGUAUGAGCUCAUUAAUCUUUUUCUACAGAGAGGACACAGUAGCUUAGUCCAUCUCUGCCACCCUUUGAUAUUCCAGACAUGAGGAGGGCCUGGAGUUAAAAGACUCAUUUCCAGUUCUGUUUUUGCAGCGUUAAUUGUGGCCUCUUCUCCCCAUUGCACCAUUUAUAAAGCUUGAGAUUAUCAAAUCCUCUUCUAUUAUAAAAUGAGAUCUCUUGAGAAGGACCACUGCAAACUGGAUAAGGCAGGAAUCAAUCUGUGAUGGUUCUAGAAGGGUGUGGACUGUGGGGGAAACUAUGGAAAUAGGCAUCAAAGGCUUUGGGGUUGGAAUUCUAUGAGCAAAUUAAGGAACAGCGUCAGUAGACAAAGUAAACAUAGGGAGUGGAGGCUUCAGGGAACUUGGGAGAGACACAGUAUAGUGAGAGGGAAACAAGACAAAUCAAAACUGCCAUUUCCCCCCGUCAUAGAAAGGCUAUACUCUCCUGUAUGGACCAUGCAGCAGGGCUGAGCAGACACUGGGAAUAAGGGUUAUUACAGAAGCCAGCUGCAGUUGGGACCAUGGUAAACAAGCUUCUUGGGAAGAAACUUGACCUGCAUUGAUCUGGGAGGAGAGCUAGACUAGGGAAGAGAGCCAUAAGGAAGAAAAACAGGCUGUGAGUGAGGUCUGGAAACUCAGAUUAAAGGUCAUGGAGGGGAGAGAAGUACAGCUUAUCAAUUACCUGGCCAGCCUCCUUACCCUGCCUUAGGGUAUCCUGCUAUUGCCGAUUCCUAGAAUAGCAAACCAGCCAGUGUCUGUUCAAACGCCUACUGCCUGCGCCUUUUCUGACAAGGCUGAGCCUUUCCUUAGCAGUUCCUCUCUCCCAGCUGGCUGUGGCAGCCUGGGGCCGACUGGUCAUUGACAGCGGGGCCACAGUACCCCAGCUCGGACACCUGGAUCCAGGGCAGGUCUUCUCCAUUCUCUGGCUGUAUGUCAGCAAGGCUUGAGACUCAGGCUAAAAAAUGUGUGGUCCAGACCAGCCCCAUCCCUGAUCUGGGUCAAGGCCAUCUCCGAUACCUUAGACUCAUCCACGCAGGGAACCUACAGGGCUAGAUUCUUUUUAGGAGAGAAGCCGGGUAGAUGCAGCUCUCAGGAGCUGUUGUCAUUUUGGCUGUGGAGAAUCCCUGUCUGCAGGCAGAGGGCUGGGAGAGAGGCUCUCUAGCUCUUGCGCCCCUGGGGGAGGUGGGCACCCAGGCAGGAUAGUGCUCUGAAACCAAGGCCCAGAUUCGCUGUUUUUUCUGGAUUUGCCUGUUAAGUCUCCAUACUAUACCAGGCAUUAAUCCAGCCACUCAGGCAGCUUUCUGUCCUUAGGGAAUGGUGGUGAUUGCUGGUAUUUUCUGAGCCUGAGAACCUGUUCUUACACAUACCCAUGGCCCUGUCUCUGUCUACUUUUAUCUUUGCUUGAGGCUCUUAGCCUUGCAGAAAGGGGCUGUGGACAAGAAAAUAAAUCUGGUUUCCUUCCCAAAUAUUGUUACCUGGUUAUUUAACUAUA